UUCUCGUAUCUCUGUUUGUUUGAAGCUAUGAAGACGAAAAGCCGACAUGAUAACAACAAGUUUGAAUUCCUUGAUGAAGAAGUAAAAGUAGAAAUUUUCCGACAGCUUCCGGUGAAAACCCUAGUCCUUUGUACGUGUGUCUGCAAAUCCUGGAAUUUACUGAUAAAAGAUUCUGCUUUUAUUUGCGAUCUAUUGCGAAACAGGCGCAAUGAUGGUCCCUUAGCCCUUUUUUUCCGCCAUUACUUAAACUAUGAGCCAAGAGUAACACAAUCCGACACUCACUAUGUCUACCCAGAUUUUCAGAUUCGCCGGAUCCAAGAUUUUCCUCUUGCACAUGACAGACGACACUUUACAGUUACUGAUUCUAUCAAUGGCUUAGUUUGCGUUGUUGGAGAUAAUUAUUCGACGAAGGUCGUGUCGCGUCCCCAAACAUUAGUCCUGUGGAAUCCAUCUAUUCGAAAAUAUAUAAUUCUUCCAAACCCUAACCUCUUCCCCAAGAAACGCUGCUUUGUUGGAUUUGGAUACGAUUCCCGCUGCGACGACUACAAGUUAUUGAGGAUGAUCAAUCUUCCUGACCCUGCAGAUUUCAAAUCUGUUGCUGAAGUCUUCUCACUCAAUUCAGGUUCAUGGAAGAUUAUGGAUUCUUCGAGGGUACCGCAUUGUAAGAUUUCUUCUGUUCCGGGUACCCAGGCUAUUGUUAAUGGAAUUAUUCAUUGGAACGCUCUUCGUCAAGAUAAAUCGAAUGUGUUAUUGGGGUUCAAUGCGAGAGAUGAGACUUUUCAGGAAAUUGAAAUACCACAAGAUUUGGCUUCCCGGUCAAUUGAUCCAAUGUUAUUAAAUGUUUUGGUAUACAAUGACUCAACAAUUGGUAUAUUCUGUAAAGAACGGCAUAAUAAUUAUAAGCAUUGUCGUUUAUGGAUAAUGAAAGAUUACGGCGAGUCAAGUUCGUGGAUAAAGGUUUUCACUAUGGGAGAAGAAGGGAGACACCUACAUCCGGUAGGAAUCGGAGUGACAAUGCCGAUAGGAUGUGUAGGACAGGAAUUGUUCUAUAGGAAAUCAGAAUACCCAACAGGGAUUAUUGGGAUCAACUUAGUAAACGGGGAAGUUAGGUACCAUGAUUUUCUAUUAGGAGAACGUUUUACUUUUAUUACUACUUAUGUGGAAAGCUUAGUCUUGCUCAAUAGAUGACCUGAUCUUCAAAUUACUAUUCUUACAAUGUUUUUAUCAGAGCAAUCAAUGGUUUUGGCAUCAGAUUAAAUCCGGUAUGUCACCGGAUCUUCAUCUUGUAUGCUUUAAUGU